CCAGGCGAGGACCUGGGACGCCGGUGGCCCUAGCUCUGCACCCCCACCCUCCUGCUGGGAGCGGGCUGCUGGCGGACGAUGUGGUCACGGCUGCUCCCCAGUGCGUCUUGGGCCCGGGUCCCAGCUGCCGCCCCUCUUCUCUGCUCGCUCCAUCCCACGGAGAGGAGUUGAUGCUGCUGUCGCCGCCGCCGCCGAAGCCGGGGCUGAUGGAUGCCAGGGAGUGCCGCAUUGCUUAGCGUCCCCGCCUCCGGGUUUGCUGACGCUCUCUCCCCGCCCUGGAGCUCAGCGCUGAAGAGCCACCUUAUUAUUAAUCAGAAUUCCCAUCAUUAUCCCUGGCAGGCGCAUCCUUCAGUAGGGCCCGCAGAAGCAUCACAGAGCUGUGGGCUGAGAUGUGCGUGGGGGUUGUUUUUGUUACAUCUCGGAAGAGAAGAGGACAGGACCAAGAUCAGUGCCAAGUGAGCUGGGUGGGCUUGGGGGCGUUGUGUUAGGGUUGAGGAGAGACAAGGAGUCUUGGGCCCGCCAGAGGUCCACAUCUCUUUAAAGGAGAGGGAAGAGGGAACCAAAGUGAGGCAUUGCUUUUAAGGGGUGGGAAAAGUUUAUAUCCCCCAGAAAAAAAGCUGCGGGAGAGUAGGAGCAACAGGGUACUAGUCUGGACACCAAGACAAAUAAUUUCCUGUACAGAAGAGGAAGCAGGCAGCAGUGAGGUCCAGAGGCCAGAGCCCUGUAGUGGCCAAGGCCAGGUUUGUUGUGGGACAGUCAGCAAGAGGAAAGGAAGGUUCAGGAAUAAGCAGAACAAUGACUCAUUUACAAGCUGGUCUCUCUCCUGAGACCCUGGAGAAAGCUCGCUUGGAGCUCAACGAGAACCCAGACACACUGCACCAGGACAUCCAGGAGGUGAGGGAUAUGGUCAUCACCAGGCCGGACAUUGGCUUUCUGCGCACAGAUGAUGCCUUCAUCUUACGCUUCUUGCGGGCCAGGAAGUUUCAUCAUUUUGAGGCCUUCCGCCUCCUGGCCCAGUACUUUGAGUACCGGCAGCAGAACCUGGACAUGUUCAAAAGCUUCAAGGCCACCGACCCGGGCAUCAAGCAGGCACUGAAGGAUGGCUUCCCUGGGGGCCUGGCCAAUCUGGACCACUAUGGCAGGAAGAUUCUAGUCCUUUUUGCAGCCAACUGGGAUCAGAGCAGGUACACACUGGUGGAUAUUUUGCGUGCCAUCUUACUUUCUUUAGAAGCCAUGAUUGAAGAUCCUGAGCUUCAAGUGAAUGGAUUUGUUUUGAUCAUAGACUGGAGUAACUUCACCUUCAAGCAAGCCUCCAAACUUACACCAAGCAUGCUGCGAUUGGCUAUUGAAGGCCUUCAGGAUAGUUUCCCAGCACGAUUUGGAGGAAUUCAUUUUGUCAAUCAGCCAUGGUAUAUCCAUGCCCUGUACACCGUGAUCCGGCCUUUCCUAAAGGAGAAGACUCGGAAAAGGAUAUUUUUGCAUGGUAACAACCUGAACAGUCUACACCAACUAAUUCAUCCUGAGAUCCUGCCUUCUGAGUUUGGAGGAAUGCUGCCCCCUUAUGACAUGGGAACAUGGGCAAGAACACUGCUAGACCACGAGUAUGAUGAUGACAGUGAAUACAAUGUAGACUCCUACAGCAUGCCCAUGAAGGAGGUGGAAAAGGAACUCUCCCCCAAGUCCAUGAAGAGAUCCCAAUCAGUAGUGGAUCCUACAGUAUUAAAACGCAUGGAUAAAAAUGAGGAAGAAAACAUGCAGCCUUUGCUCUCCCUGGACUGAUAACUUCUCUGCACUCCCCAUGGAUUAGGAAUGGAAGGUACUUGUUUUCAGCAACAGGGACAGCACUAUGGAGGAAUGACCAGCUGGAAACUUACUUAUUCAUGUAAAUGUAGCAUAAUAUAAAAUAAAGCAUUGGGCUUUCCCAUUCGCUUGAACCAUGGGUACCCUGGUCUGGAGUUAAAGAAAAAAGUCAAUAAUUUAUUCUGUAAGUGCCAAGUUCUUUGUAAAUAUACUGUAAUCUUCACGUCAAGUUUGUAAACUUUGGUAGUAACUGAAAUUGGAAAAGAUUGGCUCAUGAGUCCAUGCCAGUGAUAUGAACUAUAACAAAAAACAGAAAAGACACAUAUACAAUGGAAGCUAAUUAAAUGUAGCCCUGUUUCCUAUGAAGCCAUAUUUCAGCUCUCAUAGUGAUUGUUACAAUGUUUUUCUCUGAAACUGUCAUAUUCCAAUGUACUUUUAAUGGACACAGGUAACUAGAUGAUUCUAGGAAAUUAGUAUGAUAAAUGUCUAGUGAUUUCCUGUCUAGUGAUUUUCAUUUCACAGAAAAUGUGUCCUAGUGGCUAUCACUGGCCUUGAAUUUUGGAGACAAGGAAUGGCAGAGGAGCUGGUAAACUAAACACUUGAACUCUUCUAUGUUGUUUAAUUUCUGGAGUCUUGUGAAAAGAUAUGUUUCCUAAAUUAAGAUGUGGAAUUCUGAAAACGAG